AUGUCCGGUCGUGCCCACGGUGAUCUGCCCAUUCGUGGCGGCCGUGGUGGUGGUGAUCGUGGCGGCUCCCGUGGCCGCGGCGAUGGUGGCUCCAGCAACCGUGGCAGUGACCGCGGUUACAGCGGUGAUCGGGGCCGUGGAAGUGACCGAGGCGGUGGUCGCGGGGGACGUGGGGGGUCCGAGCCGCCCUCUGGAAUGUUGACAGACCCGGUUGAAGCCCCCAACGCGCAUGUUCAGGCUCUGGAGGACCGGUACGUUGCAGAGUCAGCAAAGGCUCGCCUAGAGUCCGGAUCUUUAGCUCGGCGUCCUGGCUACGGUACCCAAGGCCGUUCGAUUGUGCUUCGUGCCAACUUCUUCCCAGUGGAGUUCAAGCCGAACAUCAAAUUCCAUUCCUAUCGCCUCAAGAUCAAGCCCGAGCCUAAAAAAGGGCAGCAAAUUUUCAUCCUUGAGAGUAUGUUCCGCAAGUACCCUCUGUUCAACAAGGGAACCGGCAUUGCCACUGAUGGGGCCACUGAGAUUGUUACGACCGAGCUAUUCCCAAAUAAUUGCGAGCCAUUCAUUUGUUCCAUGAGUGGUGGAAGUGGACAGGGAAGUGGGAAAUCGAAAUCCUACACCGGCCCUUGGGAGGCGACUUUGACCCUUGAAAGCUCUUUUUCCCCAGCUGAUAUGUUGGCAUGCCUUGAUGAUGUUAGUCACCGAAAAGAAAUUGAGAAUGAAUUGCCCUGUCUCCGAGUACUGAACAUCCUCAUGAGUGCAUGUCCCUACAAGGAUCCCAGCAUCGCCAUCAUCGGCAGAGGACGAAACAAAUUUUUCCGGAUGGACAAGCGAAAGCAGUCAAUGGAAAUGAAAGGUGGCGCUGAAGCCGUUCGUGGUUACUACUCAAGUGUUCGUCUUGGUGCCGGACGAAUCUUCCUCAAUUUGAACGUCAGUCACGGUGCAUUCUUCAAAGAAGGUCUGUUGUCUGAAACAAUCAUUGCCUUUGUCAAAAUUCACGAAAAGGACCGGGAGAUUAUCGGCCGGUACCUGAAGGGUCUGAAAGUCUACGCCUUGCAUCUGGAUGCUCGAGAGAACGGUUCUGGGGUGAAGGAAAAACCGAUCAGAACGAUCUUUGGAGUUGCCACCCUAAAUGAUGGACGCAAGGGUCCCAACCCCCCACGGGUUGCACGUUCUGCAUCUAGUGCCGACAACGUACAGUUCUGGAUGGGUGAUGAGAAGAAGGGAAAAUACGUGACUGUUGCCGAAUACUUCUACAAAACUUACAAUAAGCUCCUCGAGUAUGCUAAUAACAUGCCAGUCGUCAACGUUGGAACCCUUGAUCGUCCAGUUUACCUUCCUGCAGAGGUUUGCGAAGUCCUUCCCGGGCAACCCUUCAGGCCAGAGCCAUCCACCAUCCAAAGACAGAACAUGAUUAAUUUCAGUUGCCGGAAACCUCCUCAGAACUAUGCAUCAAUUAUGAACGAGGGAUUGGACAUCCUGGGAAUCUCCAAAGGACAUACCAAGGCGGUAGGCAUCAAGCCCGGCAAGGAGAUGAUCACUGUACCUGCCAGGAUUUUGAAUCCCCCGAAUCUGCUUUAUGGCGGCAAGAAGACCACUAACCCUCGAAAUGGCUCGUGGAAUUUGAUCAACACUAAAUUCUCCCAGGGAGCCAGCAUCGGCAAAUGGACCUGUCUUUGGCUUCGGAAGCGCGGUAAUGAGGACAAGGAGCUCCUUUUAAAUCCCGAUUCCGCGAUGGACGCAUUUUACAGGAAAAUGCGUGACCAUGGCCUGUCGCUUCCGGCGCCCUCCAAACCGUAUCUCCAAGUCCGUCUCGGCCCAGAUGAUAGAGAAAAUCGAGAAUUGAUCAAGGACGUAUUCAAGAAGAUCAUGAAAGAAUUCAUCUUUUUGGUUGUCUUGCUUCCAACUACAGAAGGGAAAAUCUUUGAUUACGUCAAGUAUGCCGGAGAUUUAAAGACUGGCGUCCUCACGCACUGCAUGCUAGGUAAUAGGUUGAAUCGUAUCGAUGAGCAGUAUUUGAGCAACAACGCCAUGAAGGUCAAUUUGAAGAUGGGAGGAUGCAAUCAACUCUUACAGCCGGUGAAUGCCCGCUUCAUUGGCACAGCGAAGAACACCAUGGUCAUAGGCUUGGAUGUCACUCAUCCGUCGAGCACAGACCCCGAAGUCUUCCUCAGUGUUGCUGCCAUCGUUGGCUCCAUUGAUUAUCGCAUGGGCCAAUGGCCCGGUAACGUUCGAGCCCAGACGCGCCGUCAAGAGCACAUUGAAUUCCUCAAGGAGAUGAUGCUCACCCGGCUGAACUUGUGGCAAAAGAACAAUAGGGGCAACUUGCCUCAGAACAUUCUCGUGUACCGCGACGGUGUUAGCGAAGGUCAGUUUGCCAUGGUCCUUGCCGAGGAACUUCCGAAGAUUCAAGCUGCUGCCAAAGCAGUGUACCGUGGAACUAUGCCCAGCAUCACUAUCAUUGUCUGUGGAAAGCGCCACAAUGUGCGCUUCUAUCCUACCAAUUUCAAAGACCAAGAUCGAACAUCCAACCCAAUUAACGGAUGUGUUGUUGACCGUGGCGUCACCCGCCCUAUCUACUGGGACUUCUAUCUGCAAGCCCAGGCUCCCAUUCAGGGUUCUGCCCGUCCGGCUCACUACGUUGUCAUCCAUGAUGAGAUCUUCACCAACUCGAAAGCCAAUCCGGACCGCAAGCCUGCUGACAUGGUGCAAGAACUCACCCACAGCAUCUGUUACCUGAUGGGCCGGGCUACUCGCUCGAUCAGUUACUGUACUCCUGCCUUCUUGGCUGAUAAGUUCUGUGAUCGUGCCCGAAAGUAUCUAUUGGCUUACUACUAUGACAACAACCAGCAGGUGCAAAACGAGGAUAGAUUCAAAGGUGCCACCUUGAAUUUGGCCAACGCAUGCCAGAACAGCAUGGUAUACAUCUAA